AUGGGCCCUGGUCAGCGGCGCGAGCGACGGCAUUGGCAACGCAUUCGCGCAGGACCCCUGCCGGCGUGGUUUCAACGUGAUCAUCCACGGGCGCGACGAGCAGAAACUCCACCGCGUGGCGGAAAAAUCAGGCUACUGGUCAUCGACGCCAUAAAGGCAUCUUGGACGGACGAGGAGACCGAUAAGAAGGUGCUCAACGCGGUAACCGGUGUUCAGCUCACGAUGCUGAUCAAUAACGUUCGUGGCGCGGGUGCUGCGCGGGGUGCGUGGGCGCCCAUCAUGCAAAGGUCAGCCGGGGAGCUGGACGCGCUGAUCAAUCUGAACGCCGCCUUCAUGACGCAGAUGACGAGGGUGUUGAUCCCUGUGCUGGCGCAGAGGCAGCGGGCCGCGAUCGUCAACAUCAGCAGUGCCGCCGAGCUGGUCCCUGCGCCGUACUUGGUCGCAUACUCGGCCGCGAAGGCGUACGUCUCGCGGUGCAGUGUCUCGUUGGACGCGGAACUACGGGUUGAAAGUCAAGGCCACAUCGACGUCCACUCCCUGAUUGUGGGAGCCGUGGCCACGCCGAAUGCGAGCCAUGAUUGA